UGGCCGCAGCUCGUCGCACGCAGCAAAGUGCCAAAACCAGAGCAGGAGCUGGACCGACUAGACUACUGAACCAAUCCGCGCUUGUGUGUGUUGCGCCCUCGCCCUGCCCCCUGCUGCCCCCCUCUGUCGCCAUGGCCGCCGCACUCUCCCCCCACCUCGCCGCGACCCUGCCGUCUCUCCGCUCCCCUGCCCGCCGGCCUUCUCCCGCGGCCUCUCUACUCCCGCCCCGGGGCGCCCGCAUCGCCCUCCGUCGCUCCUCCAGGCAUCCUUACCCUUUGUCAAGAAAUUCUGGGUGGUUUGAGAAUGCAACAAAGAAGAAGGCCCUGUUUGCAUCAGAUUCAGACUCUCCUAACACCGAGGUUUCAAAACAGAGCAGCACUGGUGACGCCAGCGCUUCUCCGGAUGGCCCGCCAGUCCUCACCAUUUUGGCCGGUAUCGUCGUGUUCUUUCUGCUCUUGUGGGUAAUCGGAUCGAUCUUCACCUGGAUUGUUGGUCUCGUCUUUGGGGCUGCGAAAUCUUAGAUGUUCAUCAAUCUUAGGAUAGUUCUGCACCUUUUCAGUUGUAUAUACACUUGUCUCAGACUGAUGUUUGAUGAUAGCCCUGGAUCAUUGCAUCCUCUGCUGUCAUUUCCAGCCGAAAUUUCUUGAAUAAUUUAUCACAUAUUUCUAGCCAAAAGUCACUUAUUACCUUA